CUUUCAGCUCUGCUGCCUUCCUAUCUCGGGGCAUUCAGACCCAGUGCUGUCUCUGGAGUAGCUGUCACGCAUUCCCCUUUGCUGGAGAUGAUCUGUCUACUGUCUGUGGAUUAUUAUUACUAAAAAUGCUACUUACUCUAGAUAUCCUACAGCCAGGAACUACAACAGAAGAAUUUCAAUAGCAUCUAAAAAGGAUCAGAAGGAGCAGAUUGGUGACAUGAGACACAAGAUGCGUUUUGUAUGGAUCUUUAUCUUGACGCUGAUGGCGGCUGGGGUGACGCCGACUGAUGGAAGCCUGGAAUCAUGGGGGGUCCCACAGUUGCUGUCUCUUUUGGGGCAUCAGGACCAUGGACUGGAGGCUGACACAAUGCAGCACAGAAGUUUGUCACGGCAGAAAAGAGAUGUGUCUAAUGACUACAUUCUUGAUGUUGAGAUUAGUAUUCCUGACCCUUCUAUGGCUAUCCAAAUAAAGCAGUACCUAUCCAAUAAUCUCACUUUCCCCUUGGCUCUGGGCACUGGAGACACUAAUAUCACAAGUAUCAAAGUGACCACAGCUUGUAACCAAACAGGAUCAGUGGUGCAGUGUUCCUGUGAGAGGGGGUAUAUGUGGUCAUCCGAUGUGUGUGCCAUGUACACUCAAUGUUCCGGUGUCAGUGACUGCAGCUGCAUCAAGAGCUCAACAUUUCCGACUCAGUUCUGCCAGCCCCAAACAGUUGCCACAAAAAUGAGCCUCACAAUCUUGAAUGUUUUUACAUCUGAUUUUCUGAACCCAGCUUCAUCCGCAUACCAAGACUGCAAAAACAUUCUGGAGACUUCGUUUAAUAAAUCUUAUCAAACGCUUCCUGGCUUCCAGUCAGCCAAAGUUACAGGUUUCAGACCUGGAAGCAUUGUUGCCGAUUACACUGUGGUCUCUGAGCCUACCACUACGGAUGUACUUAGCACUGCCAAUAUGAAUUUAAUAAAAGAAUUAGCCACCACUCCCUACAGAGCAGAUUAUAUUACACAAAAGGUUCAAGGCUGGAGCAGCAUCAGCGUGAGUCCAAACAACAUCUUCGUUAAUGACCAUGUAAGCUUAAUAUGUUUUGUGAAUAUCACCACUUACUCGAAUGUUUCCUGGUACUUCAAUGGCACACAGAAGAUAGAAAAUGAUUUGAAUUGGUCAUACACAACAACCAGUGUUCCUGGUGGCAUCCAGUCUAACUUAACUAUAAAAAAAUCAGCAUUAAAUAAUUCUGGUGACUACCAGUGCAAUAUAGUUGAGAGUUUCUUCACUUAUACAGCAGACUCGACUAUACAAAUUAAUACUCUGGAUCUGACACCACUGAACUCAGUUGUCACCUGUAACAGCAUGAAGGUUGAAGUCAUUCAGUGCUGCACAAAAGGAGGGAAUGUCACAUUUAAUCUCACUUGCCAGAAAACUAGUGGAAACAUCGUUGGGAUCUCAGAAUCCUCUUCAACAUGCCAAUCUUACACAAUUACGGCGGAUCCCCAGUUGUGCGCCUCAACACAGACCUCUGACUUCAGAUGUGCCUGUACAACAACUAAUGGAGCUGUUCUAACCCAGGACAUUACAGUAGCCUAUAAAGCCUCAUAUGAAGUUAACGUCACUGGAAGCUCAUACAGUAUUUCAGAAGGGAGUAACCUUACAUUAACGUGUAAAUGUAGCAUCGCAAACGUACAGAAUAUGGCCUGGUAUUUUUUGGGUAAUGACAACGCGAACAACAUGAACUCCAGCCUUGAUCCUAAAUAUAAAACGAAUGAUCUGCCUAUCUGUAGUUCUGUUCUGACAAUCCCAUCCAAUAGCACGUCAGUAAACUGGAAUGGAACUUUUAUUUGUAUGGUUAAUGGUGCCUAUACAGGAAACAGGACAAUUGCUGUGUACAGAAAGGCCAAACCUUCACAGAUUAUCAUAUCCCCAGUUAACAGAGGAUUCACGUGCAACUCUACAGUCAACUUUUCGUGCUGUGUGGACCACAUUGAAGCCUAUGAUUCAUCCGGCUCACAAAUCAACAUCGCAGGAAACAGCAGAGUUAUGACUCUUUCUGGUGACUGUUUUGUGGCUAAAUCUACUCUUUCUAACGGCGACUGUCGAAAUCUGGAAGCUAGCUGCAUCAUUACCAACUUGUUAGGUGAUACUGUGAGGAGUGAAUUAAUGGUACUUAAUUAUAUACAAGAUCCAAAAUGUACAGAUCCGCCCCCUGGUUUAUCCAUUAACAUUGGCGCUGCACAAGACGGCCAAAACAUAACAGUUUCCUGCCAGCAGAUUGAUCCCAGUCUGGAUGGGACUCGUAUUUACAUGUGCAAUGAUGCUAAAUGGAUGAAGACCAGUGAUAACUGUGUGUCUAAAGCUCUCAACAGUCUGAACAACCUAGUUGCGGAUCUGAGUACAAGCCCGAACCCUAACCAACAAGUUCCCUCUAUUGUUGCUCUGUUAAAUAACACUGUAAGCCAGACUCCAGAUAUAACAAAUUCACCUGCCAACAUUCAGCUUGUGGUCAACAUAUUACAGCAGGUUGGAAGUGUUGUUACAUCAGUGCCAACAGCGGUUAUGCAGGAUUUCCUAAACUCUGUCAGCAUUGUUGUGGACAAUUCAACGACAGCCACUUGGAACAGGGUUCAGAAUAAAACAAGUGAAAGUUCAUCUCUGUUACAUUCAGUAGAGUCAUUUGCAGCAAAGCUGGAGUUCAACGACGCUAGAAUUAAUAUAACUAAGAAAAACGUCCAGUUAAUUGGCAGUGUAGCAAGCAGCUUGUCAAAUAAUUAUGAUGCCAGUUUUGAUUUCAAUGACGUGAACAAUUUAACGGGCAACAUUGUAAUUAACAAAACAAUCCUGGACAAAAUUCCGAAAGAUACAAGGGUUGUGAGUGUUGCCUAUGCUACUUUAAAAGAUAUCUUAGGUGACCCUCAAAACUCUACUUCCAAUUCGACUGUGAAUGGUCUUGUCAUGACGACAGUUUUGUCACGCAGCUACUCCGAAUUCAAGAUUGGGAUGGAUUUUAAAAUAAGUAAUUCCUCACUGACAAAUGCCAGCUGUGUAUGGUGGAACUUCGAUAAACAAGGUUGGGACGACACCGGCUGCCAGCUACGUAGCAUGACAACCAAUGGCACCGUGCACUGUAUUUGCGAUCACUUGACAUCCUUUUCUAUUCUCAUGUCAACAAGUGACCUUUCACCAGAGGCUGAGAUAAUAUUAUCUUAUAUUACAUACAUUGGUGUGGGUAUCUCAAUGCUCAGCCUAGUGGUCUGUAUCAUAAUUGAAGCUAUGAUCUGGAAGUCUGUCACCAAGAACAAGACCUCCUACCUGCGCCAUGUCUGUAUCAUGAACAUUGCAGUCACACUGUUAAUGGCUGAUAUCUGGUUCAUCAUUGGUGCAGCUAUGAAUACGACAGAUGCAUUUAAAGCCUGUGUAGCGGCAACAUUUUUUGCGCAUCUCUUUUAUCUUUGUGUCUUCUUCUGGAUGUUAACAAUGGGACUGAUACUGUUCUACCGCCUAAUGUGUGUCUUCCAUGAUCUGAGCAAGACAACCAUGAUGGGAAUUUCAUUUUUUCUGGGAUAUGGAUGCCCUGUUAUUAUUGCAGUGAUCACUGUGGCAGUCACUCAGUCUCAAAACGUCUACCUGCAUCCCAAAAAAUGUUGGCUAAAUAUGAUGGAAAGCAAAGCAUUCCUUGCAUUUGUAUUACCAGCUUUAACCAUUUUAUUAGUGAAUUUUAUCACCUUGCUGGUGGUAAUUAUUAAGGUUCUCAGACCUUCAGUAGGGGAUAGACCUAAAAAAGAGGAAAAGAGCACCUUAAACCAUAUCACAAAAUGUAUACUCAUCCUAACACCGUUACUCGGCCUGACCUGGGGAUUUGGCAUCGGGACUAUGUCGACCUCAUCAGUUGUAAUCCAUGGAAUUUUUGCAGCAUUGAAUUCACUUCAGGGCUUAUUUAUUUUGCUGUUUGGAUGUUUGAUGGAUAAAAAGGUACGGGAUGCCUUGUUCAGCAGGUUCUCCAUCUCCAGAUGGUCUUCACAGCAGACAAAGACUUCCAAUCUCAGUUCUUCAGAUCCCAUUGCAGCAAAAAAGGGUAUCAAUUUGUUUGCUAAAAAGGGAGUAUACAAUAUUACUUCAGCUCAGGUGAACUCCUCCAGCGAAAUGGCUUCAAAUUCCUACUCAUUGCUCACCUGACAAUAAAGGAACAUGCCAGCUGUACCCUAUUGCCUAUCUCUGGAUAUGCUCUAGUGUGUUUGUUGAGUCUGCUGUAUGCACUUUAUUCCAUGCUGUCAUUCAUUUAUUUCUUCUAGUGCAUUGUAAUGCAGGCAAGCUGUCUGAACUGUUACCACUAUAAUCUGUUUGAUAUCACAGACUGGUUACUGUUUAUCUUAGUGUAUCACAGCUUAUAUACAAUAUCAUCAUGCAAUAUACUUGAAAUAAUCGUCUGUCUGGUUUCAGCUGAGGCUAAGUGAAGUCUAAAUUAUAUUAGAUGUAAAUUGUACAGUAACAUAUCAUUUUCCUGAGAAAAGUUAGCUGUAAAGUUUAGUCCCUGCUUCCCAUGGAAAAAGCUAUUACACUAAGCUUCAUUUGACUACUACAGAGAAUGCAAUGCACGGAGGGAUUGUGCCUAGUGCCAAAAGACAUUAUAUCAUUAUUUUUCACCACUGCAUUCCAGAAAUAUGCUAUAAAGUGUAAUCCACAGUGAACAGUGCUAAUUGACCUAACUAAAAGAGUGUAUUUAUUAAAAUAAAAAAUCACAGCAGUUUGUCCCUCAAACCUGCAUGUAAAUUCAUUCGGUACAAAUGGGGCAAAAUUGAAUGUUCUCCAUCUAUAUUCUCUGCAGUUCAACUGUAUGAAUGUGGAAAAUGCUGCAUUAUAACCAUUAGAUGGUGCUGAGGAGCAUACUUAAUUCCUGUGAUAGUCAGCGCUAUCUAGUGGCCAUAUUGUCAUAUAUCACACAUGGCAGAGAAUCUAGCCAGAGAACAUUUGAUUUUGCCCCAAUCGCACAGAACGAAUUUACAUGCAGUUUCGAUGAUCGAACAGCUGUGCAAUUUAUUUUAUAAAUACACCUCUAAGUAUAUGUUCAAUAUUAUACCGUAUACCCUGCUAAUGGGUUACUUAAAGUGUAUGUCCAGCCAAAACUAUUUUUGCAUAAAUUUUUUUUUAUUGAUGUCUGUGAUGCUGUUCCUUAAUUUCUGGUCAAACCAUUUUUGUUGGGACAGUCAGGGUAAACCUCUCUAACAAGGCCCCCAAACAGCAAUACAACAAUAGGGGUUCUAAUCACUCCCCACUUCUUCCAAACCUAUAAUAAAGAGUAAUGUGCAAUUUUCAAUAUUUUUUUUUAACAAGCAGUGACUCUUUUCUUGAUCUGACUGAUGACUGGCGUCCCAAAUAAUUUUCCAUCUUUUUACUCUUUUAUUUAACCUAUUUAUUAAAAAGUUGUAUGUGUAAGAACAUUUGCAUCACUUUAAACCCAGUAAAGCCUUCUUUACCUAAAUAUGUUUUAUCCGUCUGCUGUUACUAUAUAUGUAAUAUGCUCUUGCAGGAUGCCUAAGAACAAAAUUUUAUAAAAAUAGAUAUGGCAAGGAUUUGCUUAAAGUUCAUGUGUUUGGAUGAUGGUGAUGUUGUGGAGCUUGAUAAAGAAUAACAAGAGGGUUAGUAAUAAUUCAUGGAGGGAAUGCUGCUUUAUAUACCCUGUGGUGUUGCUCGCUCAAUUAAUCUGGUGUGGGGGCUGGAACUGGAAGGUCAGCCUCCUGAUCAUGCAGCACUGUGGUUGUACAGUGCUGAUGUCAUCGGGAGAUUGUCCUAUCGUACCAAUUGUUGAUAGUUGAACGUGAGCUGUCGGUGAUAUGAGCUAGUUAGUUGAACGUGAGCUGUCGGAAGUCCUCAGAACUAUGAUCCAUAGUUCUGAGGACACCAAUAGUGUGCGUGCCAGAACAAGACACUGACGCAUAUAUGACACAUAUAUGAUGCAUAUAAGCAGAGGCUGGGCGCUAAGGCCCAACCGCCUGCUGUUGCAUAUAUGCAUGUUGCUGUUGUAAAGGUGUUAAAAUGCAUUAGGUAGUAUGGACUUUAUUGAAGUGAGGAUCAAUGUUUCGACUUGUUGAUCUGCUUCUUCAACUGGGAUCAUAUGACAAAUGCCUAAGUUUUUAUGUGACCAACACUAGGGUGAUCCCAGACAAGCAGUUUCUCCAGGAAGUGUUUUUUUACACUCUACUUUUUCUUCACAAUAAAAAAAAAAGUGAAACAAAAAUAAAAAUCCACUUGAAACACUUUUUGCAUACUAUAUUGCCAGACUUUUAAGCAAGAAGCCAUAUUCUGAAAUACAUAAGUGCUGUGUGAGAUACACCAACCUCAUUCCACUGAAUUUGCAUCAGCUAACUUUGAUAAAAAGGUCUUCUCCAUCAUCUGUUGUUGCAUUGUUAGUGAAUUCCCAAGCGGAUGCUGUUGAAACAAAAAAUAAAAUUGAAACCACAAAGAGGAAAUGGCAACAGACUUGAGCAAUGUAUGUUACUCUAGAACAGGGGUCUACAAACUAUGACCCGCAGGUCACAUUCGGCCCACUACAGGAUUUUAUCCAGAAUUCAGUAUAACCUUAGUGUGCACAGAUUGAAAACUAAAGUGGUUGUAAAAACUAUUUUUUUUCAAUUAAAAAUAAUAAACAUGUUAUACUUA